AUGGCUAGUACAUUCCAGGAAACACCUACACAUGAAGCUCCCUCUUCAGAAAAUGUUGAUGCUAUGCUGUCCUUUCUACCUGAAAGACUAAGAAAGAAACUGCUUCCUUUUCAGGAGAAAGGCAUCAUAUUUGCACUUCAGAGAAGUGGCAGGUGUAUGAUUGCUGAUGAGAUGGGGCUAGGUAAAACCAUUCAAGCAGUUGCCAUUUCCUAUUACUACAAAAAUGAAUGGCCUCUCUUAAUUGUAGUGCCUUCAUCUUUGAGAUACCCUUGGGUUGAGGAGAUGGAGAAGUGGAUUCCAGAGCUCUCUCCAGAUGAUAUUAGCAUCAUUCAGAACAAAACUGAUACUGGGAGAAUAUCAACCAGCAAAGUAACUAUUCUGGGUUAUGGCCUGUUAACUUCUGAUGCACAGACUUUAGUAGACUCUUUGUACAGGCAGAACUUUAAGGUAGUUGUGAUUGAUGAGUCACACUAUAUGAAAUCCAGAAAUGCCACCCGCAGCAAGAUUUUGUUGCCAAUUGUACAGAAAGCUCGUAGAGCUGUUCUUCUUACUGGAACUCCUGCUCUAGGAAGACCUGAAGAGCUUUUCAUGCAGAUUGAGGCACUGUUUCCAAGAAGAUUUGGAACUUGGAGUGAAUAUGCCAAAAAGUACUGCAAUGCUCGUGUCAGAUUUUUUGGUAAAAGAACUCAAUGGGACUGUAGAGGAGCUUCAAAUCUAGAAGAACUACAUCAACUUUUAAGUGAAAUUAUGAUCAGAAGACUGAAGAAUGAUGUUCUAACUCAGUUGCCUCCCAAAGUUAGGCAACGUAUUCCAUUUGAUCUCCCCCAAGCUGCAGCUAAGAAUUUGAAUGCCACUUUUGCGGAGUGGGAGAAAUUGAUGCGAAAUCUGAAUUCCGAAGCCACUGAAAGCCACUUCUCUCAGGUCAUGAAUCUGAUCACACGCAUGUAUAAAGAAACAGCCAUUGCCAAGGCAGGAGCAGUAAAGGACUAUAUCAAAAUGAUGCUUGAAAAUGACAAAUUGAAGUUUCUAGUUUUCGCUCAUCACUUAAGCAUGCUUCAAGCCUGUACAGAGGCAGUUAUAGAAAGCAAGGUUCGCUACAUACGAAUAGAUGGGAGUGUUCCUUCUGCAGAAAGAAUUCACCUUGUUAAUCAGUUCCAGAAGGAUCCUGAUACCCGGGUUGCUAUUUUGAGUAUUCAGGCGGCUGGUCAG